AUUUUAAAAGUAUUUUAACUUUAUAAAUAAAAAAUAAAUUCGUUAAAAAUGAAAUUUCUUUGCUUAAGUGUUUUGGUUUGUGGAGUUUUCCUUUUUGUUUCUGCAGAUACAGUACUUAAUGGAACCGCAGACACAGUAGUUGAUGACAUUAAAAAUAAAUUGGAUGAAAUGAAAGAUCAAUUUACUAAUGCAACCGGAGACUUUGGAAAAACCGUUACGGAUGGCAUUUCAAAAUUAAGUGGAAAGAAAGGAAUUGUUGCUGUAAUUAUGGAUUCAAUUAUUCAGACAAUAACAAGCAUUGCUAGUCAAGUAACCAAAUUUUUUACAGACCCGAUUUAUGACGGUCUUAACAAGUUCGCUGAUGGAAUUGUUAAACAAUUGAACAACACCAUAAAUGACAUUAGAAAAAUACAGAAAUGUGGUAAUGAGUCUCAAAAUAAAACCGAUUUUACAGCACCAUUGAAAGCUGUCGAAAAAUGUGCUGUAGACGCAGUAGAUCAAGCAAGUGGUCUAAUGGGAGAAGCAGUAUCAGCAAUUGGACAACUAGGAACUUCUAUUGGUUCAGAUAUAAGUGAUACAGUAAAAUGCGUUGGUAGCAUGUUAGAUAUUGUGAAUUGUGUUGGCGGUUUUAUUAAUGGAGGAUUACGAGGCGUUAGAGAUGUGAGUAAUACCAUCGCUGUAGGUACACAAGUUGUUACCGGUAUGAUUACUCUAUUGCCACAAGGAGUUGGUUGUAUGGCUGGACAAUUUAAUGAAAUUGUUCAAAAUGCCACACAAACUGGUCUUGAUGUAAAUAAAUGCAUUCUCAACUAAACUUAUACAAUUUUA